AUGGCGCUUAGGGUGACGCCCCUGGGUGCAGCACAGCAGGUUGGCCGAAGUUGCAUCCUGCUCGAGAUUGGAGGCCGGAAUGUGCUCUUGGACUGCGGAGUGGCAGCUCAUUCGAGUGGCUCCUACUACCCGGAGUUCUCGCUGCUGGGGGAGGUGCAGAGUUUGGAUGUGGUGAUCAUCACGCACUUUCAUCUCGAUCAUGUAGGAGCCCUGCCCUAUCUCACGGAAAUUCUGGGCUACCACGGGCCCAUCUUGAUGACGCACCCCACUCGUGCGAUUGGCCCCAUCAUCAUCAAGGAUGCCUUGUCCUUCAGGCGGGAUGCCGAGGGCCUUACCCCCGAGAUGGUCGAUGCGCCUUUUGAUCGGGCGCGGUGCUUCCAGCUGCAGGAGCGAGUGGAGAUCGGUGACCUGUCCGUGACCAGUUUCUAUGCAGGACAUGUGCUGGGAGCAGUGAUGGUGCAUCUAGAGUGCAGAGGGCAGAGCGCCCUGUACACUGGAGACUUUACCAUGGUGCCAGACUACCACUUGAGUGCUGCUCGAGCCCCUCUCGCGCUCCACCCGGACGUGAUGAUCACGGAGACAACUUGCUGCACGACGAUCCGCUCUUCCAAGCGACGGGAGGUGAACGACCUCUGUAGCAAGGUCCAAGACUGCCUGGAGAAGGGUGGCAAGGUCCUCGUUCCUUUGCUGGUCAUGGGCCGCAGCACUGAGAUCUGUAUGAUCUUGGAAGAGCAUUGGGCCAAGGCCAAGCUGGCAUAUCCCAUUUUCGUUAUCAGCACCAUGGCUCAGAAGGCCAGGGUCUUCUUUCAAACCUUUGCCUCGUGGGGAAGCAAGCGGGUCCGAUCCACCGACAGGCCCUUUGCCUUUCCCCACGUGCGGUUUGGGACACUCAGUGAGCUCCUCGCCCUGUCUGGGCCGGCAGUGGCUUUGGCAGGCUCGGCUAUGUUGGAUUUCGGUCCAUCACAGGAGUUGUUCAAGUCUUGGGCACCCGAGAAGCGGAAUCUCAUCGUAAUACCCGGCUACUGCCUGCCCGGCACCGUGGGCAACCUCGUUCAAGCCAAAGAGAAGAAGAUCGAGCUGUCUAGUGGCAUCGUCCAGGUCCGCUGCGAAGUGGACCACUUUUCCAUUUCUGACCACACAGACUCACGGGGCAUCGUGGAACUCAUUAGCCAGGUCGCACCAAGACAGGUGGUCUUGGUGCACGGUGGCCUGCAGCUGAUGGACACCUUCAGGGCCAUCGUGCAAAAGAGGUUGCGACUUCCGUGCCACAUGCCCGCAGUCGGCGACCACGUGGAGAUCCCCAGCCCCGCAGUUCUGGAGGCCUGGGCCAGCUCCUUACUGAUGGCCCAGAGCGAACCGGUCCCCCCGCCGCCAGUUCUGGGGGUGCCCCUCAUCCAUGCGAAGGCGCCCGUGGUCACGACUUUCAGGGGGGAGCUGCGAAAGAGAGACCGCGGAGCCCUGGAGCUCCACGCGGCCCAGGGGCCCAGUGCCAGGGCGAAAGCGAAGGCGCGGCGCAUCCUGAUCCGUCAGAAGGGCCGCUUGCCCUGCGAGGCUCUCAAGGCCGCACUCCGCGACUCCAACCAGGCCGUGCCGGAGGACCUUUCUUCCAUCUUUGAGGUUGCCGGGGCGACGAUCCUGGUGGAUCAGAUUCAGGCCGGCACUGCCGCAGUCACGAUUUCCUGGGUUGCUGGACUCGAAGAUCGGGAACCGAUACUCCAACAGAUGCUGGACAUCCUAGGCUAA